UGCCUUCUUGAGCCUGCUUGUGGCCACCCACAGACACUUGUAAGGAGGAAAGAAGUCAGCCUGGCAGAGACAAUCUCAAAGGAGAGAUUAGAGGCCAGAGUCUAAGAGCAACUGCUGCAGCCAGAAGACAAGGUAACAGGACCCGAAGAUACUUCUACUCAGAGGUCUGCCAUGGCCUCUCUUGGUGUCCAACUCGUGGGCUACAUCCUAGGCCUUCUGGGGCUCUUGGGCACAUUGGUUGCCAUGCUGCUCCCCAGUUGGCGAAUCAGUUCUUAUGUUGGUGCCAGCAUCGUGACAGCAGUCGGCUUCUCCAAGGGCCUCUGGAUGGAAUGUGCCACACACAGCACAGGCAUCACCCAGUGUGACAUCUACAGUACCCUUCUAGGCCUGCCCGCUGACAUCCAGGCUGCCCAGGCCAUGAUGGUGACAUCCAGUGCAUUCUCUUCACUGGCCUGCAUGAUCUCUGUGGUGGGAAUGAGAUGCACCGUGUUCUGCAAGGAAUCUCGAGCCAAAGACAGAGUGGCAGUGGUGGGUGGAGUUUUCUUCAUCCUUGGAGGCCUCCUGGGCUUUAUUCCUGUUGCCUGGAAUCUUCAUGGGAUCCUGCGAGACUUCUACUCACCAUUGGUGCCUGACAGCAUGAAAUACGAGAUCGGAGAGGCUCUUUACUUGGGCAUUAUUUCUUCCCUGUUCUCCCUGGUAGCUGGAAUCAUCCUCUGCUUUUCCUGCUCAACCCAGGGAAAUCGCACCAACUACUAUGAUGGCUAUCAGGCACAGCCUCUUGCCACCAGGAGCUCUCCAAGGCCUGGUCAACAACCCAAAACCAAGAGUGAAUUCAACUCCUACAGCCUGACAGGGUAUGUGUGAAGAACCAGGGGCCAGUGCUGGGGGGAGGGGUAUGUCUUGGUCUGUGAAAAAGAGUGGUCAGCACCCCCAGGGCUACAGGUGAGGGACAGUGCUUACUGGAUCAUGUCAGAAGGUAUUGCUGAGAAUAGACUGACUUUGGCCAUUGGAUCCAGUGAAGGCAGUAAUGGGAGCUGCUAUGACAGUUUCCAGGUUGAACUGUCAAGGACAUUGGCUGAACCAGCCUUUCUAUUUCCCUCACCUUGCCUCCAUGCCCUGAGUCUUUAACCUUAACUCCCAGAUCUUGCCUUCCACCUUUAGCCAGGCUGCAGAGGCUACCACUCCCUUGUCUCCUUUUGUGUACCUCAAAAUCCACUCACAGACCCACUAGUUACAUCUCAUUGACUGACCCUUUCAAUGAUCAAAGACUUUCCCUCUGUCUAAGGUUGCCUCUUAGCUCAUUGCUGGAGGACAGAGUGGUGGCUUUUAUGAUCAUGGUUCUAAGCUCUUUCUCAAGCCUCCCUCCAAAGAAAUGGAUGGGCCACUAAUAGGCCCAGCAGUCUUCAUUCCACUCUUGUUUGACUGCAGUGUCCAGUCUGAUUUGUUCAUGAACUGAAAGAAAACCAUCGUAUGGUAUCCAGGGAACAAGAAGCAACUAGGUGCAAGAUGGGACCAAAAAAAGUCCAGAACCCUUUCCCAGGACAUGUCUCAAAAUUCCUUCACUCUUAUGGGUCAGGGAUUGAGCCUACAUCUAGAGGAAAGCACAAGGCAAGAAGACAUUGCGGAAAGAAAGCAGCAGCAGACUUGGACUCCACUGAGAAGGUGUCAUUCCAACUUGCACCAAAGUCUGGGGUACCUGACUUGGUUUCCUGUCUAAACCACAAGGGUGAGGGCCAUAGACAAUGGUUUUCCUUAGGAACAAUCACCCCGUUUUUCUAGAACUAGCCCUUGGCUGGGGGAUUACAACAUAGGAACUGUGGAAGACUGAGGACAAUAUACUCCUUUAACUCUAACGAAAACAAUAUGAAUUUUGUUAUCUAAGAAACUGGGUGGACAUGUGUGGUGGCUCCAGUGGGUUAUUUUCUACUCUACCAAAGAGUCCCCUCCUCCCUGGGAGUCUUCAGAUCAUUAAACAAAUCAGCCUGAAAGGCUGAGACCAGGCCCUUCCAACAGAGCACCGCAGAGCCUGUGAAAAACUGAAGUACCAGUUGGGUCCCUGGUCAAUGUUCAUAUUCCUCUCAUCAUCCAUCAGAAGAUAUCAGAGGGGACCUAAGGGCUCUGGUGUGGAACAUCCAUGCCCCAGGUGCUGUGUUCAUGAUCUGAAUGGUAGUUGAACUGCAGGCUGGGGUUUCAAUCGAAAUGGGAAAGUAGAGAACAGCUCCUGGGCAACAGUUCCAUCUCAAAGCUCUGUAAAUGCUCCAUUUCCCCUGGAGUAGGAGUGAGGGGGCAUAAAACAGAGACAUUUUUCCUCAGCUAUAUGACCAGCUUCUGAAGAUAUCCAGCAUGCCCCCCAAAACUCAGCACCAGAAAAAGGCGACCAUUCUCUGGGCCCCCUCUGCCAUGCCUUACACAUAUCCACCCUUUUGUUUUUGUUCAAGCUGUUAUCCUAAUCUGGAAGUCUAUUUCCCCUAGCCAAGUCUUCCCCAUGCUUGGAGAUCUUGUCAGUACCACUUCCUUCAUUGAGCCUCCUCUGACCACUCCAUCCCUCUCAUCCCUCUCCCUCCAGUCCUCAAUGUAUAAAUUGCUUCUUAAUGCUUAUGAUUCACAAUUUUUGAUCAAUAGUUCUCUGUGUGUGUGUGUGUGUUCGUGUGUGCACCAGAUCUCAAAUGCCCAUUAUAAACAUUUGGAGGCUGCGUGCUUCCUCUUAGAACUAUUUGUAUACCACAGAAUAUCUGUCAGAGUGUGGGCACACAAUAGGUGAUCAAUAAACACUUGAUUGAG